AAAAGGUACACUGGAAAUACAAAUCUUGAAACACGUCUGUUCAUUUUGCACCUAUACCGGUUGUGAAACGGCUGUUGGGAAGGCUUUGACAUUUGACUGUGUUUGACGAUAAUCGCCGGUAUCUAUUCCCACGUGUUGUUAUCGAAUUAAAAUGGCGAUUUUUGGCGCAACAGCAACACUGGUACGAGGCUGCUGCCGCCAGCAACGACCGCUCGCCAUCUUGGCAAAAAAAUCGAAUUUUCUACAAACCGGAAUCGAAGUCGGACAGCUUCAUUUCCAAUUUCAGUCUCAAAUAGGAUUUCUUGGUGUUCGUUUCGCGAGUAAAAGCAGUAAAGGCAAAAUGGGUCUUCCCCGUGUAUUUUUUGAUAUGACUGCUGAUGGACAGCCUCUAGGACGCAUCGUUAUGGAGCUCCGUCCUGAUGUUGUGCCCAAAACUGCUGAGAAUUUCCGUGCCUUGUGCACCGGCGAAAAAGGCUUCGGUUAUAAAGGCUCCUGUUUCCACCGUGUCAUCCCCAACUUCAUGUGUCAGGGUGGCGAUUUCACAAACCACAAUGGCACUGGCGGCAAAUCCAUCUAUGGCGCUAAGUUUGCUGACGAGAACUUCACCUUGAAGCACACCGAACCCGGUAUUUUGUCAAUGGCUAAUGCUGGACCCAACACCAACGGUUCACAGUUCUUUAUUUGUACUGUGAAGACAGCUUGGUUGGACAACAAGCAUGUUGUUUUCGGCAAGGUUGUCGAAGGUCUGGACGUAGUUAAAGCUAUUGAAGGUUUGGGUUCACAGUCUGGCAAGACAAGCAAGAAGAUUGUGGUCGCUGAGAGUGGAGCGCUUUAAACAGCGUUUUUAAUUAUAAUAUACUAAACUGCAUAACUACAUGAAAAUAAGAAAGCAAGCUAAUAAUAAGAAUAAUGCAACACUCGAGCAGCAUUGUCGCAUUUAAAUUUAUCAGUACUUCAACUUUCUAGUAAAGUAUUUGGAAACACGAGUUGUUUAAUGAUUCUCCUGCAGAUUUUUUUCUAUCAAAGAGCGAAUAAUAAAAAUUCAAUUUGGAACUCUAUUAGAAUAA